AUGGCCUGUAACGUCACUGGCCUUGCGUGGCAUGAGGGUGCAUGGCGUUGGACAACACCAGGUGGUUGUUAUGCUUGGAAUGGCGAGCCUAACACUCAGGCCAGUCGCAUCACGGAGGGUUGCGAUGCCAUGACACAUGCAGCCGGCUACGAUUGGAACCACGAAUGCUUGUUCACUGUGUUGGAUGAUGCACGUAUGCUAAAUAUGGACCAGCGCGAGUCACCGAGAAAAAUCGCUCGAGAGUCAUUGGCAGGUGGACACUCGCCAGUGUGGGGCUACCGGCGCGACGCAUGCGGACUUGUCGCGAUGCUGAUCGAUGCAAAUGAAUGCAAGCCAUGGCAGUAUCACAUCACACACAAACUGUCGUAUGUACUGACCAUGCCGAACGAAGAACCCAUGUAUGUGCGGGACCGACCACCUGUUGUGGCAUGGCGUGCAUGGAUGCUAUGGCUCAAGCAAUAUGGCGCAGCAGCAUGUGCGCCAUUGUGGCAUACGCUACGUUCGCGUGCAAUGCACCUACAAGAACACGUAGUCACACUUGCGCAGCAAAGACCAAAAAGUGUGCGAGUAUGGAGCGACUUGCACAAAGAGGCUCAGGCUGUGUCGUGGUGGAUGACGUAUGCGCCUGAUGAGGCCCUGACACAAGUCGGGUCCGACAUGGCAAAGGCGACGUGGAUCAGCGCCUGGGUCAGUGGCGUUCGCCGAGCCGUGGCGUAUCUUGAAAGUGGUCCAUCAGACACAGGCGUUAGCGUGCAGAAUGGCGACAUCCAAGACUAUGUACAACGCCUUGCAGGUGCACUCUUUUGCAUGGCACACGAUGAUGCGCACGCUACAAGUCACGAGAAAUCAUGCUUGGCUUAUUAUAGUCAAAGUCUAGUGGGUCAAGAUACCUAUGACGCUUGGAAGCGCGCAGGUGCGCCUCAGCUUGGAGAACAAUGCCCGGCUUGUAAAGAGCCUAUACCCUUCGAUCUCGCACCCUAUGCCAGGUGUGCUGCACGGCACGUCUUUGAUCGUUGCAUUGCAACAUUUGCGCUGAUACAAGGUAUUGACACACUCACAUGCACAUGUUGCAAGCGACAAGCUUCUGCUACGGCUCUUCAACACAUAAGCGUGUAUGCGUAUCCAUCAACAUCAAGUUGCAUAUCUUGCGGAAACCGGUGGUGCUCUUCAUAA